CAAAGGUCAAACAGUGUGUUUCAACUUCUGAAGGCAGUAUGAAGGUGUACGUUACGCUGUUCUUGAGCUUGUGCGUGUAUUUACGUGAAGCUCUGGCGAAGAAUGAUUCCAACGCAAUCCUCGAGGACAAAAAUGUUCUAGUGCUGACAAAAAGCAACUUCAAUCGAGCUCUUAAACAACACAGCCAGCUUUUGGUCCAUUUCUAUGCACCUCUUUCUGGCCAGUCCCUUGGCUCCAUCCUUGAGUUUAGAGAAGCAGCCAGUGCGCUGAAGGAAGCAGGGUCUGAUGUGAGACUGGGAGGAGUGGAUAUAAAAAAGGAAAAAGAUCUUGCUGAUUCCCUUAACAUCACGAUAGUACCAUCACUACGGCUGUACCUGUCUGGAGACAAGAAACACCCAGUGUACUGUCCAGAUCUUAAGAGCUCCGCCUCUAUUCUAACUUGGCUUAAAAGAAGAAAAGGCCCGAGCACUGACAUCAUCAGCGAUCUUACACAGCUGGAAAAAUUCAUAGAUGAAGAUGAGCUUGUGGUGCUGGGAUUAUUUAAGGAUCUUGAGGAAGGCAUGGUGAAAGUGUUUUAUGAAACAGCGGCUGACAUCGCUGACCUGCCCUUUGGAGUAACAGGACUUGAUAAGAUCUUCAGCAAGUAUGAGAUCAGUAGAGAUACUGUUCUCCUUAUCAGGAAGUCUAAACCUGACAAGCAGUUUGAGAUGGAAAGCAGCACAGUAAAGACAGAUCUUGUUCAGUUUAUCCGACUGUAUGAGAUGGAACUUGUGACCGAGUACAAUGGCAAGACAGCAUCUAAGAUCCUGAACUCAGCGGUGUUGAAUCAUUUUCUUCUCUUUGUUAAUAAGACUCAGAAAGGAUUUAAAAAGAUAUACAAUGCUUUUGAAACCACUGCGGAACAAUUCAGAGGAAAGGUUCUGUUUGUGAUAAUUGAUGUGAGUGAGCCGCGGAAUGGCCGUAUUAUGGAGUAUUUCCGUGUGAGGCCAGAAGAGACGCCUCUGGUCCGUAUGGUCAAUUUAUCAAACAACAUUCAAUAUCAGCUGCCAUCUGAUCAGUUUGACCCACACUCACUUUUAGAGUUCUGUCUGACUUACCUGGAUGGGAAAGCUAAGCCUAAGCUGCAGAGUGAGCCAAUUCCUGAAAACUGGGACACACAGCCAGUGAAAGAGCUGGUUGGGAUGAACUUUGAAAAAGUGGCCUUUAAUCAUGAUAAAAAUGUUAUUGUCUUGUUUUAUGCACCUUGGAGCAGUGACAGUCGUGCUUUGUUUCCUUUGUGGGAAGAGCUUGCUGAACACUUUAGUGAAAAUGAAGAUGUUGUCGUCGCCAAGAUUGACGUCACUGCCAACGAUGUUAACCUUCCUCUAGGAGAAAAAUACCCAUUGAUCAAAUUUUUUCCUGCUGUUUACACAGAGAGGGUACUGCCAUAUUCCGACAAGAGGGAGCUAAAACCUAUAAUAACAUUUAUGAAAAAAGAGAUUGAAAAAGCCAAGAAGGACAAAGCCAAGGAGGAGAAAGCAAGGAAGAAAUUCCUGGAUGAACAGAAGGCUGCAGAGAAAGAGGAACUCUGAUCACUCACUUUAAUGUCUAGAACUAAAGCAGUUUUACUGACAUGUUCGAAACUAUUUUAUUGUCAAAUUUUUAUGCAUUACAAAAUGCAAAAGUCCGAAAGAAGUCUUGCAUGCUCACAGAGGCUGCAUUUAUUCAGUUAGAUAGACAGUGAAAAGUAGUUAAUUUUCAUUUUUUUUUUUUUAAUUUAAUUUAUUCCUGUGAUGCAAAGCUAAAUUUUCAACAUAUACUACAGUUUUCAGUGAUCCUUCAGAAAUCAUUCUAAUAUGCUGAUUUGCUUCUCAAGAAAUAUUUCUUAUUAUUAUCAAUGAUGUAAAAGUAGUACUGCUUAAUACAACAAUGACAAAUUUUUGUAAUAUUAUGCAUGCCUUUACUGUAACUUUUGAUCAGUUUAAUGCAUUCGU